UUCUCGCUUGCAGACGCAUUACGUGACGUUCGAGGCAGUGUGCAGACCGUGCACUGUGCAGCUCCAUUCUGCACUGAAGGAACCAGGCAGGAUCCCCCCCUCGAUCUUCCCCUUCGAGUCACGGAAGAGGCACCUCGGCGUCACGGGAAAGGAUGCACUGCUGAAUCAAGGGAUAGGCCCGGGAAAGUCAGCCGGCCCCGUCCCUCUCUUCUGUCUUUUUUUCCCACACGACAAGGGACACCAUCCUUCCACCUGGAAGCCCGAGAUAGCGAGGACGACUUCUGCUUCUCCUCACAAAAUACCCACCACCUCGUCGCUUUCUUCCCCCUCUCGCGUGCACGGGGGUUUCUCCGUGACGAACGUGGAUUCUAUGGAACAAGGGCCGACCUGGUUCUAGUUAGCACCGAGGCUAACUAGUUAGCUACACCUGCUAACCACCAUUUGUCGAUAUCAACUGGGAACAAGUUUACUUUGCCUAAUUUUUUACUGCUCAAACGAGCAUUCAUUCUGAUUUAUUGUUUCUAUUUUACGAAACGUGCCAUUCAGUUUUUUAUUAUAUUUGUACACCGGUAAAAUAAGCUAACACACGAGCAGCUGCUUUACAGUUCGCGUUGAAUGCAUUAAAACUGACCUUUUUGACAGCUUAGUGCAUUUUUGAACGAUUUAACACAAUAUAAUAAUAAUAUUCAAGUGGGUUGGAAGACGUUCUCCGCGGAUUUGGAACUCUUAUUUGGGACGAUAUUGCGUUGAAUGGGAAAACAAAAGGCGAGUGGAGCCAGAUAUAUUUUGUCUGUUGUCCUGCAAGUUGCUUUAAAUUUAAUUUAUUAGCCCCGCUGAGUAGCUGCAUCUUGACCGAGGAGGAUCCUAAAGCGGACUAAAGAAGAUCCCGGUGGAGCUAUUACACCAACAUUCCCCCAUGAACAUACAAAGGUCACGUCCUAUUAACAUUUCACGUCAUGGCAGAUCGCGGCACAAAUCGCACGACUUCGACGAUUUAUCUUGCCUGAGGAGUGCCGAGUUGCACCAGAGCUUUAGCCCCAACCUCGGCUCUCCCAGCCCGCCUGAGACCCCGGACGCGUCGCACUGUAUCUCCCGCAUCGGGGACUACCUGCUGCUGGAGCCCCUGGAGGGGGACCACGUCUUCAGGGCUGCUCACCUGCACAGCGGCGAAGAGCUCGUUUGCAAGGUGUUCGACGUGGGCCGCUACCAGGACUCUCUGGCGGCCUACUUUGCCCUGGGCCACCACCAGCACAUCAACCAGGUUCUGGAAGUCCUACUGGGCGAGACGCGGGCCUACGCAUUCUUCGAGCGCAGCCAUGGCGACAUGCACUCAUUUGUGCGCACCUGCAAGAAGCUGCGCGAGGACGAGGCCGCCCGCCUCUUCCACCAGAUCGUCUCGGCCGUGGCGCACUGCCACGACGGAGGCCUGGUGCUCCGAGACCUCAAACUGAGGAAGUUUGUUUUCAAGAACGAGGACAGAAGCUCUCUGAAGCUGGAGAGCCUGGAAGACACGUACAUGCUGGCGGACGGCGACGACUCGCUGUCCGACAAACACGGCUGCCCGGCUUACGUCAGCCCCGAGAUCCUCAACGCGGGCGGCAGCUACUCGGGCAAGGCGGCCGACGUUUGGAGCCUGGGCGUCAUGCUCUACACCAUCUUGGUGGGCCGCUACCCCUUCCACGACGUGGAGCCCGGCUCGCUCUUCAGCAAGAUCCGUCGCGGCCACUUCAGCGUGCCCGACACGCUCACGCCCAAGGCCAAGUGCCUGAUCCGCGCCAUUUUGCGCCGAGAGCCUGCGGAACGCCUCACCUCACGCGAGAUCCUCCAACACCCCUGGUUCUCCGCCUCGGUUGCUGCCGUCGCUUCCCCGGGCGGGCGAGGGGAGCCGGAGCAGAUGGUACCUGAUGUGAACAUGGAAGAGGAGCACUUGUUCAGCUGAGCACACGCCCAAGCACAAACAGACCACAGCUGUAGUUUAGCCAUAUUGUUGCCCUCCCCCUCCCUCCCCCACAUUUUCAUAGAAAGAAAGAAAAACUCUAAACCUGGCAUGAUGAACAUCGGGAGCUGACCCACAAAUAAUAAUGUAGCCACAUGUGCUUAUAAAGAAACUUUUUUUUUUUUAAAGAUUAUAUUUGGUUUGAUGUGGUGUUUGUAACAAGUAGACAUCUUUUUUGACACUACGGCAAGCAUGAAGGGACAUACCAAUGACUGGAUUCCUCAUCCUUACUUGGAUUUCAAAAAAAAAAAAAAAGAUUUUCAUUAUUUCUCCUCAGCUUUUUCUUCUGGAAUGUUUUUCUACAUUAUGCUGUCGUGUCCACCUGAUACGUAUGCCCCCAUUUUCAAUUUGGAACUUUUGGGUUGUAAAAUUCUAGGAAUUUUCAAAGUUGCUAGCUUUCCUUGCGAAUUCAUGGUAAUGAUCUUUGAGAAUCAUUUGUUGAGUAUCCCAUGAAUUCUCACCAAUGUAACUUUGAACAUUUCUUCAAGUUUGCAAUUUAAGAAACAGCUAGCUGUUCCGAAAAAUUCUGCCGCCAUUUUGCGGCAUUGUGCACUUAACUUGUGGCCACCAUUAAAAUUUUCUAUUUAAAGUCUUUAGAAAGAUGAGAGUGCAGCGUUUAUUUAAAUCAAACAGCUCUAUAUAUAUAUCUAUACAAAUAAAUAAAUAUAAAAAGAAGUAUAAAUCUAUAUAUUUAAAAAGUACUACAUUGCAGGGUUUUGUUUUUCUUUUGACACAGGACACUCUGUCUAACGUUUGGAAGCCAUCUUGCGUGCCAGUAUUUCCCCCCGCCACCCUCAUCCUUCACUCGGUGACAGUAUUCUCGAUGUUACUUGAAUUUGUAAUUUUUUUUAAAAUUAAUUCUUGGCAUGCACCCCAUAAAUGUUAUGAGCUUGCUUAGUAGCAAGGGGGUGUUCCGGUCUGGUUUGGUUGUGCUGUAUUGGCUUAAGAAAAGUUCAACAAAAAUUCUAUUCCCCUCAAGUAAAGAAGAUGAUUGAUUUGUUUUAUGUAGAUGGAGCUUCCUUUUUGAGUUAAGAUGGUGCUGAUUUGGUGCUAAUAUUUAGUCCUGAAGAAAGGGGUGGCAGAGAAGUGGGUUUUGCGUUUUUUUGUGGUGCAUGGUGGGAUAUCUGCCUAGGAUGUUCUGAUUGUAUCGUUUAAAAAAGAAAAAGAAGAAAAAAAGAUUCUGGUGUUUUGUCCAAAUUUAUUAUUCCGUAAAUAAAAUUGUGAACAGCGAA